AUGGCUCGAACUCGAAAUUUAUACCUGUCCCUACGACCCAUGAUCCUCGAUCUUGCCAAAUUCCUCGUUCUCUUACUUGGACAAAUACCCUUUGUUCGAGCUGCUCCGCACCAUGUUUCAAAUCUAUUCCCUGCAGGCGAAGAAGAGGAGGGAAAAGACCCAAGUGAUCCUGGACUCUGGCUGUAUUUGAGUGUUGCGGCGGCGCUGGUCUUGCUUGGAGGUGCGUUUGCUGGUUUAACCAUAGCAUUGAUGGGCCAGGAUGAAAUACAUCUUCAGGUGAUCCGAGAUUCUGGCGAAGGCGUCGAAAGGACUCACGCUGCAAAAGUGCUGAAUCUCUUGCGAAAGGGAAAGCAUUGGGUCCUGGUUACACUCCUCCUGAGCAAUGUUAUUACCAACGAAACCUUGCCUAUCGUGUUGGAUCGUUCCCUGGGUGGUGGAUGGCCGGCUGUCCUCGGGUCGACUGUUCUUAUUGUCAUCUUUGGCGAAAUCGCGCCUCAAUCCGUCUGUGUACGCUACGGUCUGCCAAUCGGUUCUUGGAUGGCGCCCUUUGUCCUUGUCCUCAUGUAUAUUCUUGCGCCGGUUGCAUGGCCAACUGCAAAGUUACUCGAUUACCUUCUGGGAGAAGACCACGGAACGACAUACAAAAAGGCGGGUUUAAAAUCAUUAGUUUCACUUCACAGGAGUCUGGGAGAAGCCGGUCAACAGCUCAAUGCGGAUGAAGUGACCAUUAUCAACGCAGUCCUCGAUCUCAAAGAGAAAUCUGUCGGCAGCAUCAUGACUCCCAUGGACGACGUCUUUACUCUUUCCCUUGACGAUGUACUGGACGAGUCUACCAUGGAUGACAUUCUCUCACAGGGCUAUUCAAGAAUACCGAUCCACCAUCCGGACAAUGAUUCGAAUUUCGUUGGCAUGUUACUGGUCAAGAUGCUGAUUACGUAUGACCCCGAAGACGCGAAACCUGUUCGAGAUUUUGCUUUGGCAACCUUACCCGAAACCCGCCCGGACACGAGUUGUUUGGAUAUUGUCAACUUCUUCCAGGAGGGCAAAUCCCAUAUGGUUCUUGUUUCUGAGUAUCCAGGGGACGACCAUGGUGCUCUCGGGGUGGUCACGCUGGAAGACGUUAUUGAGGAAUUGAUUGGCGAGGAAAUUGUGGACGAGUCCGACGUCUUUGUUGAUGUGCACAAAGCCAUUAGGCGAGCAAUGCCUGCCCCCACUCGCCGCAUCCCGAAGACCUUCCUUCUUUCUGAUCCGUCUACGGCAAAUGGUCCGACGGCUGAUCUGGUUAACAUCGAUGAGAGCGAAACGCUUUCUCCCGAUGACUUACAAAGAGCCAGAACUGCUGACGGUCUGCCAUCAAAGCCAAGAAUUGUUGGCGGCGCUCGACGUCGAUCGAGCGGUGGAAAUACCAGCGUGGGUGCAGAAGCCAGGGCCGUUAAAAGGACAAGCACCGAUGAAAUCAAGGAACAUCUCAAGCACCUCGGACCUUCGAAUCUCGCACAAAGGCCAAAAUCAACAAGAUACAAUACAAUCAAGAUCAAGCCUGGCAAGGAAACUUCAUCAAAAGAACAAGCUCCUGAUGGCCGAACCACACCGAUUCGAAGGAUUUCCGAGACAAUGUCUGAAUAUCAUGGUGGCAUAGGCGAGGGCAUCCUCAGUUCAGGGGGAAAAGUCGCUAGUGACGGCGUGCAAGCACUUAAGCAUGGAUAUGGAACCAUUUCCUCUUCUCCAGGUGAACAACGCCCACGAAGUGCCGUAAAGGGGACACAAGCGAACUUACCACCAGCCGAAGAUGAAGAUGCCGCCGGCCGUGAUAUCCAACAGUCUCAACCCCCAGCUACCACGAUGACGAGUCAAAGCACAAUUGACAGUUUGCCUUCUUCACGACCACGGUCGAAAAGCCCUUAUUAUCACACAAAAGGCCCUGCAAGGAGUGGCAGCAUUACGGAAAAUAUUAUCGAUACCAACGGGUUUCGCAAAGUUAUCCUUGAAACUACAUCAAGCAGCGAGUCUAAUGAGGAGGGGGAAAAUAGUGGAGCCAACAAGGGUCUUGUGCAGCGUCAUGAACAUGACCACGCUUCGGGUGCAAAAUUAGGAGACGGUGAUAGCGAACAUUCUCUCGAACAUCACGAUGAUAGGAAGAAAAAGAAGAAGCGCCGAGGACGAAAACAUGGACAUGGGCAUGGACGUGGCGGAGGAGAACAUGAACCAUUAUUGACAGGCAACCAAGAUUACACACCAGCGUUUUGA